AUGAACAUUGACACGUUGACAAAAGAAGAAGAAAAAUAUGGUUCAUCAAACUUUGAUACUGAUAAGAUAAAAACGUCCGGACGUGUGAUACGCUCAUUCGGCCAGGACCUCGAGUCGGUAGUGUUCGCCGUGGUGACUUUUCUAUCCGGUGGUGUAAUUUUAUUCACAGGAUGCUUUAUCGUCACUAAAUGUUUUCAACUAUACAAGGAACGAAUGCGAAGGUUGUGUCGAAGGCGUGCAAUGGGUGUCGAUGAUGGUGAACUUAGUGCUGCGGUACUAAGUGGUGCAUUUGACACGGAAAUCUGUGACGAAGAAGAAAGCCGGCUUGUCAGUAUUUAG